GAUGAUCUAAGAAUGUAAAUAUUGCAGAACUCUAUUGACAUUAACCCAACAACAUUAUCAUCAGUAUCUUUGUCCUUCCUAGUAAUUCUUGAAAUAAAUGGCUCAAUUAAGAUUUUUACUAUCCAAUGCAAAAAUAUCAAGUUAAUAAUUCCGAUAAAUAAGAGAUACUCUAAAGUUGAAUUUCAAGAUAAUUUACAAUGAUGAUCUAAUCAAUACUAAUAAAUUAUUUAAUGAUUCAUUUGAGAAAUAAGAAUUGAUAGGUGAAGAUAUUUUUUUCAUGAAUUCUAAUGUUUCUGACUAUUUUGAGAAUAAUAUAGCAAAUUAAGUCUGCGAUUUGAGUGCAUUUUAAGAAAACACAGAAAAUCCAAAUGAAAUCUAUCAUAGUCACUCUGAAUUUUUCGAUUAUAUUUCUCAAAUAAAUCAUUAAGUUGAGGAUUCAUCUAUUAUAGUAAAAAAAGAAAUAUUUCCAAUUUCCGAAUUGCUUUAGAAUUUAUCUUUUAAGGAAGACUAUUCGCCACAAAGUCAGGAAAUACUUGAAUUGAAGAACAGUAAUAAUAGGGUUGAAUGUCAAAGGUGUAAAAAACGAUUUAAAAAUAUGCAAACUCUUAAAAAACAUUUGAAAAAUAUUCAUAAACAUAGAAUAGUCAUCUCUAAAAAAUAGAAAGAACAGGAGAUAUAAUUGGAGGCUGAUUUUUGA